AUGAUCUUAAUAAUGACUGGAAUAAUUGAAAUAUUCAUUUUUUGUGGUGUCCUUUACUACUUUUUCAACUAUAGAGCAAGUAAUAUGCUGGAUGUACUAUCAACAAGGAUUCAAGAAGUUUAUGCCAAGUGGGACUCGAGAACAGAUGUCAUUCGUGAUACUGAAGAUAAUGUUCAACGUCUUUCACUAGAUGGCUUAAGACGCGCAGGCCAGCAAAGUCAGCGAAGAAGAAUUCAAAGCAGAGAACAAAUAAGAAAGCUCCGAGAAAAUGCGCUGUUCAAAAUAAAGGAAGCGGAACUUUUUGUUCCUCCAGUACCAAAAAUAUCUUCAUUUAUUUAUCAAUGUUGUCAAACAUGUACACCCACAUCUCGAGGAACAUUUUCCAUCGAGGCUACAAAACAAAAUCAAUUAUUGGGAAGGAAUUUAUUACUCAUUGAACCGUGUGGAAAUAUAUUUUCGAAAAUUUUUUAUCAUUUUUCAUUUAUAAGCAACCUCAAAAAGUAUGAUUAUCCUCGAGUAACGCAAGCAGUUCUAAACGACGAAAGACUAAAAGACGCCAUAAAGCAAACAGCCCUGGAAACCUCCAAGGAUGACCAAAUCCCCGAAGAAGAAGCCUUCUCCCAAGCCGAGUCCCGCGCUCGCGCAAUACUAUCCCGAAUGGAGAGCACCAUGAGCCACAACUUACUCCGCCUGACCGGGUGGAUCCUCUUCAAACUCCUUCCACUCUUCAUAAAAUCAGUAAUAGUCCAAGACUCGCAAAUAGAAAUGGUCCAAAAAGCGAACAACCGCGGCGUACCACUAAUCUUCCUACCUCUCCACCGCAGCCACCUGGACUACAUCAUAAUAAGCUUUGUCCUGCUCUGCAACAACGUUCGAAAUUCCUUAAUCGCCGCAGGAGACAAUCUGAGAAUACCAAUCUUCGGCAAGCUUUUAAACGGCCUGGGCGCCUUCUAUAUAAAGCGUCGUAUAGAUCCAGUCCAAGGUCGCAAAGACAUGCUGUACCGCGCGACACUUCAUACAUAUGUAAUGGAAAGUCUUCGAGCUGGUCACAAUAUUGAAUUUUUCAUCGAAGGCGGCAGAACAAGAACUGGAAAACCUUGUAUGCCUAAAGGUGGAAUCCUCAGUAUAAUUAUCGACGCGUACAAGGACGGGACUAUUGAAGACGCGCUUAUAGUCCCACUGUCUGUUAAUUACGACCGACUUGUAGACGGGAAUUUUGUUAGAGAGCAGCUAGGCCAGCCUAAAAAACCAGAAACUUUUGGCUCUGCUAUAAAAGCUAUUUGGUCCACACUCAGAGGAAGUUAUGGGAUUGUUAAGAUGGAUAUUUGCGAGCCAUUUUCUCUUAGAGAGAUGAUCAAGUCAAUUGAUAAUCAACAAUCCAGGUUAUUUUUAAAUCCAACAGACAAAGAAAAAAAAUCUUUGAAAGCUACAAUGUCUACCUCGUCACUUUACGGAACAGAUGUUGUUGAUGAUGAACAUCGUUUGCUAGUAGACUGUUUAGCUAGACAUGUAGUUUAUGAUUGCGCUAGAUCUAUGCCAAUAAUGUCAACAAAUGUUGUAGCUUUUUUGCUGCUUAAUAAAUUCAGAGAAGGUUGCACGUUAGAUAAACUUGUUGAAGCUUUUGAAAAUAUGAAACAAGAGUUGGAAUGGUUAAAUAAAGACAUUGCUUUUUGCGGAGAGACUAUUGAUGUUAUUAAUUACGCUCUAGGAAUUUUAGGUCCAGGAUUGGUCAAGCAGGAACGUCAGGAAAUAAUUCAAAAAUUAGAGGGACAAUCGGUGAUAAAAAAAGAAGUUGUAAUUUCAAUUGAGCCGGUUUCAAUUCUUCCCAACGUGAUUGAAUUAGCGUAUUACAGUAAUUCGAUGGUAGUUCACUAUGUUAUGGACAGUAUUGUAAUCUCUGCUUUAUACGCGACAUUGAGGGAGCAAAUUAAUGAUCCUAGGGUGAUUGCGGAGGAUAAAAUUUAUGUUUACCAACAUGUCCUGGUGGAAAAUGCAAUGAAACUUUGUGAUAUUCUGAGGCAAGAGUUUAUCUUUGCGAAGCCUUGUGAGAAUCUAGAGUACUCUAUUAUCUCGACGAUACAAAAUUUGUCUUACGCCGGGAUUUUGAUGCUGUGUGAAGAAGCGUAUCUGGAGGAAGAAUUGUGGAGUAGGAGGUACGCGAAGAAUUUUGAUGACAGUUCGGAUGAAGAGUACGCGGUGCAAAAUGCGGGGAAGAAGAUUCAGUAUAAGUUGAACUUGGAGAAUGAUUCUUCGGGGAGGAUGGAGUUUCUUCAUACUAUUUUGAGGCCGAUUAUUGAUACCUAUACGUUCAGUGCCUUUGCUUUGAGGAAACUUGUGGGCAGGUCGCUGGUUGAGAGGGAUCUUGUGCAGGAAAUUCUUAGUGAAAUUAAAAUUAAUAUUGAUAGAGGCGUUAUUAAUUAUGGUGAAAGCUUGAGUGUGGAGCCAAUAAAAAAUUCUCUAAAACUCUUUGAAAAGUGGCAAGUUCUUGAAUGUCAUCCUGAAGAAAAUGCAAGAAUCUAUUACUUGCGAGAGGGAUAUGACAACGACGAGGCAGCUAACCAGAUUUACGAGUCUGUUGAAGUUUACAAGUGGACGAAAAAAAAUUAACCAACAACAACUCAGGACUUAAAAAUAACAUAAAAGACUUUAUA